AUGGAACACAACCGGAGUGUCACUUCCGUGGAGAGCCCAGGGCUGCAGGUCUCACACCGUGUUCCACAGGGCAUCGUCACCACCAAACCCUCCAGCCAAGGCCUCUGGAGCGCCCUGGCGAUGACCCCACUGCCCCUGUCACCAGCUGCUGGCCCCGCCGAGAACCUCGCAGAGGGACCAGGACACUGUCCCUUGUCUGCAACCUUGUGUGACCAGCAGGACACGUGGGAGAUGCCGUUUCUCGGGAGGGCUCUCCAGCCCCAAGCCUACCCACCCAGCUCCUUCACGACGAGCCAGCCCGCUGUGCUUGUGAUCUGCGGGCCGGGGAACAACGGCGGCGAUGGGCUGGUCUGUGCCCGGCACCUGAAGAUGUUUGGCUACCUGCCCACCGUGUAUUACCCCAAGCGCCCCAGCAAGCCCCUCUUUGAAGGUUUGAUCACCCAGUGUGAGAAGAUGGACAUCCCCUUCCUCCCAGAAUUCCCAACUGAGGCUGCAUUCAUUGACGAGCUCUACGGCCUGGUGGUGGAUGCAAUUUUUGGAUUCAGCUUCAAGGGGGCGGUGCGGGAGCCCUUCGGCAGCAUCCUCAGCACCCUGGAGCGUGUCACGGUGCCCAUCGCCAGCAUUGACAUCCCCUCGGGCUGGGACGUGGAGAAGGGGAAGGCAGACGGCCUCCAGCCCGACAUGCUCAUCUCGCUCACGGCGCCCAAGAAGGCGGCGACGCACUUUGCUGGGCGGUACCACUUCCUCGGGGGCAGGUUUGUGCCACCUGCGCUGCAGGAGAAAUAUGCUCUAAACCUGCCAGCAUACCCUGGCACGGACUGUGUCCUGCAGCUCACAUAGGGCUGGGGCCACAGGGGCUGGGCUCGGCUUCAGUACUGCACAUCAGGGCCCAAUUCUGCCCAAGCCUCUGCUGGGAGGGUGCUCAGCACCUUGCUGGGCUUCAGCCCAACCCAGCAGGAUCAAAGGUCACUGCAGACCAAAGGCCCAGGCGCUGGGAGUGAUGGGGGGCUGCUGGGGGGGGCUCUAUUUGGGGUUGCUGCCUGAUCCAAGCGAUCUCUCGCACCACUCACACUUCAGGGUGGUCUCACUGCAAUAAAGAUUUAUUUGUGCCCUUGAAAAAAUA